AUGCAGCAUACUAUCAACCCGACAGAAGAUGCCAAAAUGGUCUUUGAAGUUCUCAGACAGGGUGGAAUUGCAAUAAUUCCGGCUAACGUGGGAUAUGGGAUAGUCGCAAUCGACCCUGAGGCCUUGAACCGGAUCUUUCUCGCCAAGCAACGCCAACCAUAUAAGCGACACGCAUUGAUAGGCAGUUACGCUCUCCACUGUGCACUUCAUAUCCUUGAACCGGUUCAGAGUAGCAUGGUUAAACUCGUGGAUCCCCCCAAAACAUUGGAGAGCUGUGUCGUCGAGGGAACAAUUGCGAUGCUGGUCAAUGGUGGCGCGUUGCAGGAAGAACUAUCACGCCUGGCUACAAUAGAGGAACUCCCUCUCAUGGGUUCCUCGGCGAAUAUCACAGGAAAGGGAACAAAGUCGGAGAUCGAAAACAUUGAACCAGAUAUUCUCCAGGUAGCAGACAUUGUCAUUGACUACGGAAAGCAAAAGUUCCACCACCCUCGACUCUCAUCUACCAUGAUUGAUUUCACGACCUGCACGGUGCUUGCUAUGAUGUGA